CGCGGCGCGCGGAGUCCGCUCGGGGCCGGAGGCGGCUCGGCUGCCGGGGCCCGGUCGGGAGCGGCGAGGAGCGCGCGCGGCGCAGCCGGAACCCGCCGCCCGGGACAUGGCCCAGGCGGGCCGCGCAGGUGGCCCUCCCCCGGGCGGCGGUGCCCCCUGGCACCUGAGAAACGUGCUCAGCGACUCCGUGGAAAGCUCGGACGAUGAAUUCUUUGAUGCCAGAGAGGAGGUGGCCGAAGGGAAGAGUGCCCUCCUCAUCGGGAUGAGCCAGUGGAACUCCAAUGACCUGGCGGAGCAGAUGGAGACCAUGGGGAAGCUGGACGAGCGUCCGGGAGACGCGAGCGCCCCGUGCACUUCCAGCACCCUUCAGGAGAAGCAGCGAGAACUGUAUCGAGUCUCCCUGAGAAGACAGAGGUUCCCAGCCCAGGGAAGCAUCGAGAUCCACGAAGACAAUGAGGAAGGCUGCCCACAGCGCUCCUGCAAGACGCACGUCCUCCUGCUGGUGCUUCAUGGGGGGAGCAUCCUGGACACGGGCGUGGGGGACCUGUCCUGCAAGGCGGCCGACAUCCACACCUUCGGCUCGGUGCUGGAGAAAGUCACGCGAGCCCACUUCCCGGCGGCCCUGGGCCACAUCCUCAUCAAGUUCGUGCCCUGCCCUGCUGUCUGCUCCGAUGCCUUUUCCCUCGUCUCUAACCUGAACCCCUACAGCCACGAUGACGGCGGCCUCGGCAACAGCCAGGACCACGUCCCUCUGGCUGCCCUGCCCCUGCUGGCCAUCUCCUCCCCGCGCUACCAGGACGCGGUGGCGACCGUCAUUGAGCGAGCCAACCAGGUCUACGCGGAGUUCCUCAGGUCUCCGGAUGGGCUUGGCUUCAGUGGGCAGGUGUGUCUCAUCGGGGACUGUGUGGGGGGCCUCCUGGCCUUCGACGCCAUCUGCUACAGCGCGGGGCCCUCGGGGGACAGCCCGGGCAGCAGCAGCCGGAAGGGGAGCAUCAGCAGCACGCAGGACAGCCCGGUUGUGGUGAGCGAGGCGUGCAGUCUGGCCGGCAGCAAGCGCCUCAGCAGGAGCAGCAUCGACGUGUCCAGCGCGCCCGAGGACGAGGAGCCUCAGAGACCGUUGCCUCGGAAACAGAGCGACUCGUCCACCUAUGACUGUGAGGCCGUUGCCCAGCAUCACACCUUCCUGUCAAGCAUCCACUCCAGCGUGCUGAAGGAUGAGGCUGAGCCCCCUGCGCCCAGGGCAUCCCAGCCACCUGAGGUCAGCCUGGGCCGCCUCGACUUCGACGUGUCCGACUUCUUCCUCUUCGGCUCGCCCCUGGGCCUGGUCCUGGCCAUGCGGAGGACGGUGCUGCCCGGGCUGGACGGCCUCCACGUGCGCCCCGCCUGCGGCCAGGUGUACAGCUUCUUCCACUGUGCCGACCCCUCGGCCUCACGGCUGGAGCCCCUGCUGGAGCCCAAGUUCCACCUGGUGCCGCCGGUCAGCGUUCCCCGCUACCAGAGGUUCCCGCUGGGUGACGGACAGUCCCUCCUCCUGGCGGAUGCCCUGCGUGCCCACAGUCCCCUCUUCCUGGAGGGCAGCUCACGGGACAGCCCGCCGCUUCCGGACGCCCCCUCCUCGUCUCCCCAGGGCCUGAGGGCCCAGCGCCCGGAACGGAGGACGAGCCAGGACAGCUCCCAUAGUGAGAGCUCGGCGUCCUCGGACAGCCUGGCACCAGUGGGUGCCUCCCACGUCACAGCCAGGUGGUGGGGCGCCAGGCGCAUUGACUACGCCCUGUACUGCCCUGAUGUCCUGACGGCCUUCCCCACCGUGGCCCUGCCACACCUCUUCCACGCCAGCUACUGGGAGUCCACGGACGUGGUGGCCUUCAUCCUGAGACAGGUGAUGCGCUACGAGACGGUGACCGUCAAGGAGAGUGCGGGUCUGGACCCCACGGCGCUGAGCCCCGCCAAGCCCCGGGAGAAGUGGCUCCGUAAGCGGACGCAGGUCAAGUUGCGGAAUGUGACUGCGAACCACCGGGCCAACGACGUGAUCGCGGCCGAAGAUGGCCCCCAGGUCCUGGUGGGGCGCUUCAUGUACGGGCCCCUUGACAUGGUGGCCCUGACCGGAGAGAAGGUGGACAUCCUGGUGAUGGCAGAGCCAUCCUCGGGCCGCUGGGUGCACCUGGACACCGAGAUCACUAACGGCAGUGGCCGGAUCACAUACAGCGUGCCGCGGCCCCGGCGCCUGGGAGUUGGGGUCUACCCCGUGAAGAUGGUUGUCAGGCAGGUGCCUUGUAGGGGCGACCAGACUUUUGCGACGAGCUACCUCACGGUGCUGCCCCGGGGCAUGGAGUGCGUGGUGUUCAGCAUCGACGGGUCCUUCGCAGCCAGUGUGUCCAUCAUGGGAAGUGACCCCAAGGUCCGGCCAGGCGCAGUGGACGUCGUCCGGCACUGGCAGGACCUGGGCUAUCUGAUUCUGUACAUCACGGGCCGGCCGGACAUGCAGAAGCAGCGGGUGGUGUCCUGGCUGUCCCAGCACAACUUUCCCCAGGGCAUGAUCUUCUUCUCCGAUGGGCUGGUGCACGACCCCCUGCGGCAGAAGGCCAUCUUCCUGCGUAACCUCGUGCAGGAGUGUUUCAUCAGAAUCAGCGCGGCCUACGGCUCCACCAAGGACAUCUCGGUCUAUAGCGUGCUGGGGUUGCCGCCCUCCCAGAUCUUCAUCGUGGGCCGGCCGGCCAAGAAGUACCAGACCCAGUGCCAGUUUCUGAGCGAGGGCUACGCUGUGCACCUGGCAGCGCUGGAGGCCGGCCACCGCUCGCGCCCCAAGAAGAACAACUCACGAAUGGUCCUGCGCAAGGGCAGCUUUGGCCUGCACGCCCAGCCCGAGUUCCUGCGCAAGCGGAACCACCUGCGCCGCACCAUGUCUGUGCAGCAGCCCGACCCGCCCGCCAAUCCCAAGCCUGAGCGGGCGCAGAGCCAGCCCGAGUCCGACAAGGACCAUGAGCGGCCCCUGGCCGCACUCAGCUGGGCACGUGGGCCCCCCAAGUUCGAGUCAGUGCCCUGAAGGCCAGGCUGUGUGCAGAGCAGGGGGGCCCUGCUGGCUGCCCGUGGGCUGGGAGGAGCUGCUGCUCCCCGAGACGGGCCUUUUCCUGCUUUUUCCCUCCCGUGUCUGUCCAGCAGUGUCCAACAAGAGCGGGGAGGGACCCUGCCGCACCCGGGGGGGCUCCCCGGGCCACGAGGGGGAGAUCCCAGGGUCUGUGUGCAGCCCCAGCUGCCUCCCUGUGCGGUGCGGUGACCGCAAGCCCAGGUCAGGGCUGCUGUGGGUGUGAUCCUGGGGAGUGGGCCUGCCUGGAGCAGGAGGGCUGGACGGAGUUGACCAUCCUGCUGGGUUCCUAAGGCUUUGGAGGUGCCGGGCAGGGAGGGGAGAAGCCCCCAGACCGGGGACCAGUGGCCCCUGGCAGGCACGGCUUUCUGGCUGUCUGCUGGAGGGGUGAGCGGCAUUGGCCCCAUCCUUCUUGUCGUAUCCUGGAUCCCUGUCUUGGGCCUCCUGGCUUUCCUGGGGCCAAGUGGCCACUUUCUGGGAGUGAGAGGAUAUCCCCUGGGUCCUCCUGUGUUUGCAAUGUCUGUCCAGGGCCUUGGGGGGUCGGGGUCUGGUGCUGACGGUCUGUCCUCCUGCGGCUGUCCAUUGUCUCCGUCUUGUCCUCGGUAUUGUUACCAUUCUCCUGUGGCCCAUGAGGACAGUCAUUCCUCUUCCCAGGGCCCUGCCUGGCGCCCUCCCCUAUGAGGCUGCAGCCAUGAGCUCAGCCAUGAGCUCUGGCCCAGCUGGGCUGGCUGUGAGACCUGGAGCCCACUGCUCGCCCUCUCUGGGCCUGCCUUCCAUAUGGGAUUGGGUGGGUCUCCUUGCUGAGACUGGUGCGGGUUUCUGAUUCCUGGGCUGUCUUGCCCUUGGAGCUACACAAAGCCUGGUGUAGCUGCACGCAGCCUGAGGGGGGCUCUAGGGGCCCCUUGCGGGCAUGGAGCGCCCCACCAGUUCACAGGAAGCCCCUGGGAGGGGGAUGGGGACGGGAAACUGCGAAGGGCUCCCUGCACCACGGGGUAGCUUGCUUUCCACUGCUGCCCAAACCAUGUGUCCCAGGAACAGGGACAUUGCCCCAAGGGUAGUGAUCUGACUCGCCCUUCCCACCUCUGCUCAGACUGAUUCUCACUCUUGGCUCCUGGAGGGCACAGAGCUGAGACCCAGGCAUUCUGGGGGUUCAUGUGAUUUUGGCUCAAACUGUUGUAUUCUCUUCGCUUCCGCCUGCCACUCCGCUGGGUUUGGUGCCCUCAUCCUCCUGGCUCAUCCCAUGAGGUUGGCAGGGCUUGGCUCCCAGAGUGCGGUGCCCCUCAGAGCCUGCCCAAGGCAUCCUGCUGCGAGCCCCUGCAGGGGGCCUGGGUCUCCUGCACCCCAGCUGCUGUCCCCCUGGGUGGCCAUGGCCUGCUUCGGGGCCCCCUCUGGCUGCCCCAGAGCUGGCUCAGCUCCUCCAGACAGGGCUGCGCCCCUGCCGGGCUGCCCCGGAGCCUAGACGUCUGUGUCCGCCGCAGGCACCCACGUGGGCCCUGUGUUGCUUCCCGCUCGGCGUCUACCUCUUACAGCUCCCUCGUGGCCGGCGUUCUCCCCGACAGCGGCUGCUGGCGGGGAGAGCUGGCACUGACCUGUGAAUUGCGGAGCAAAGCAGGCCUUCUGCUGGGGCCGGAGGGGGCCGGGCUCCCAUCUCCCAUCCCGCGCGCUCCUGGACGCGAUUCUCUUCCAGCGCAGCAGAUGCGUGCGCCCCACCUGCAGGGUGUCCUCCCCCGCCCGCCCCACCUGCGGGCAGCUCCCGCUCUGGCCCUGCCGCCCGGUGGUCCGCGGGGGCCACUCCUCCGUCCACAUUCCAUCCGUGGGGCACUCCGCGAGGCCGCAGCGCGCGCACACAGCCGCUUCCACCGUUUCCAGAACAUGCGACACCGCACCGCGGGCGUCCCCUUCGCGGAACUACUGAUGUGGGUGAUAACAGUCUUUCGGGGGAGCUUGGCCUUCUCUGCCUUGCCACCCCCGGGCUGGAAGCCAGAGAGAUGGAGACAGAGACCGCGCCAGGACCCCGCAGGGAACCUGCAUCCUGUGAACGGGGCUUCACAGCCUGGUCUGGAGCUGGGGUCGGGGACCGGGCAGGAGGCCACCCCCCUCCUGUCCCGAGCUCGGAGGACUCGCGCAGGCGACGCUGAAGCCGGGCUCAGGCGCAGUGGGGUUCUGCGCGGGAGCCCCCCAGCCCCGCUUUCCCGGCGACUGCAGCCCACACGCACCCCGUGGAUCAGCGGCCUGUUCUGUAGCGUCCGUCCACUCCAGUCGGAGAGAAACAAAGCACCCCGUGGUGCUGUUGUCUGGACGGGGGCCCUGCCUCUCCCCGGAGCAGUUCGCGACCCCGGUGUGGCUGCUUUCCAGAGAACCCUUCCAGUUCCUGGUGCGCCCGCUCCCGGGGGGCCGGUCGCCCCUCUUCCCGCCUGACCAAAGCUCCUCGUCUUUCCUGUGGCAUGUUUGUUCUUCCUGACCUGGGGGCUGUCCUUGCUGCAGCGCUGCCUGACGCCCUCCUCCGCCCUCUCCCUUCCGGUGGCACGCGGUGGGCCCAGCCCGGCCGCUCUCGGGCAUCCUGGGUUUUCUUCAGAAGUUCUCGCGACUCCUCCCUGAGGCUCCACAAAACACGUGUUUCAAGAAGCCAACUCUUCCUGAGUCAGGGUGAAUGGCCUCCUGUCUGGGCGCGGGGUGGGGAAGAGCAGGUGUGGACCCCGCGUUCCGGGGGUGGCCGGGGCGUGGGCUCCCAGAAGCAGGGAGACGCUCGUCCUACCACCUGGGAGCCGAGUCUGCGCCCCCGACGUGGCCUGCAGGCAGAGUACGGCGCCCUUUUUAAAAAGAAAGUCAGACACCGGAGCUGGUGGUGGCAGGUGCCGAGAUGGCGCUGGUUCUGCCUGGAUGCCCCCGCCCAGCCUCUGUUCCCGCCCUGCCCGGGAGGGGCGUCCAGACCUCGGAGGAGCCUCGAGGCUUGACCUCGCCUUAAAUAACCAAUGUCCGGCCAAUUCCUGGGGUUUGGGUGCCACGUGCUCUGGAAACCUAUUCUCUUCGGCUCCGCCAAAAGAAACCACCCCUCUCUCCCUCUCUCCUUCUAGGCUUGGGGGAACUUUUGUAAAAAUCACAGCUAGGGUCAGGUCCCUGAGCAGCAGUGAGGCCUGGCCCCGUCCUGCUCUUGGGGCCAGGAGGGAAGGUGGAAUCUGACCUCACCCUCCCUGGGACAAAGAGUGGCCGGUGACAACAAGGAGGGGCAGGAGAGGAGCAGCCUGCUCACGGGGACCCCCACCCUGGGACCCCACUAUCCAGUUUCUAUUUGUUUACUCCGCGGGGGGUGGCCUGUCUGACCUUGUCCGU